AUGAGGAGAAAGAAAGGAGCAGCAUCCUCUAAUCAUGUGGAUCCCUUGAAGUCCGACAGCAUCAUUCCAGAGACUCCUGAAACCCAGCGUCUAUCAGGAUCAGCUCUCUCCACUGCCCUUUCUGACUCUGAUAUUGAGAUAUUUGGCAGUUCCAUGAUGCCCGUCAGGCAAGAAGAGCCUAAGAAAAUAGUGCUGUCAUCUGAUGAUGAGAUAUCACUGUUUGAUGAAGAGGAAGACUGUGUGAAGACUGAGAGGAGGCCGAAGCACAGCAGAACAACGAGAUCUACCUCAAAAGCCAUAAAAACAUGGCAGAAAGGAUCACGUAUGUUAGAAACAAGUGCUUUUUUUACACCCACUGUGACCAUUUUGGCGCACCCCUCGUCCCUGAAGACGUCUGGGAUGGCAGUGUCUGAAUUGGGCCACGAGAGGAGACAGCAGCAGAUGUGUGGUGCUUCCCAGGAGAGCGACAGCUCCCAUCGCAGCAGAAAGAGGCGGGUUUCUGCUGUGGAUGAUUCAGAGGAGCAGGGGCCUGAGCCAAGAUCUAAAGAUCACGAACGUAUGCUGAGAAAACUUCAGAGGAAGUUUCCCCAUCUAAACAAGAAUGAACUCAGGGAUGUACUUCAGGAGCAGCUGAUUGACGAUGCCUUGGAAACACUACAAAUGUUUUCUGACCUGCUACGCUGUUUUAAAUCAAAUUUAGAUGUAUUACUGGACUUUGACUCUGACCAAUCAGAUGAAACCCUAUCCAAACUCAAAUUUGAGAUCCUCAGCUUCUUUCAGACUGCUUCUGUGGAUGAGCUCACACUCAUUGCAGGAUGAUCUUUGAAGAAGGCUCAGAAAAUCACUGAGCUGAGAUCCUUUAAAACAUGGAAAAACCUGGUGAGAGAACUGCGAUGACGUCAUGCACAGGGUCUUGCCACUGAGCUGCAGGCAGGAUGUAGGAAGGUUCUGAAGUAAAGGGAAGUUGUUAAAGGUCUCAUGAGCAAGUGUGAGGAGAUAUCUGGAAAACUGAUCUAAGUCAUGACCCAAGUGAUGAACAAGGACCCGGGCUCUAUGAGCCAACCCCAGAUCCUCACUAGCACAUUCCAGCUGAAACCGUACCAGUUGAUUGGACUGAACUGGCUGGCUUUACUACAUCGGAACAAACUAAGUGAAAUCCUGGCAGAUGAGAUGGGUUUGGGGAAGACCAUUCAAAUCCAUCUUUUUCUGGCCCACCUUUAUCAGGAAGAGAACCAUGGGCCUCAUCUCAUCAUCGUUCCUGCUUCUACACUUGAUAAUUGAGUUCGGGAACUGAAACUUUGGUGCCCCAGUUUCUAAAUGCUGGUAUAAAAACCAAGCUUUUUUUUUCAUCGGUCUACCGAAGAUCGCAUGUAUAUGCGCUAUGAGAUUCUGAAUCAAAUAGUGGAUUAUAACAGCAUUGUGCACAGUUACAGCCUGCCAAUUGGAAAUAGCAGUGACCGCAGCCUGUUCUGCAAGCUCACUGUGUUCAGCGAAGGCCACUUGCUGAAGAACAUGAACUUGCUGCGCUACCGACACCUCAUGGCCAUCAACGCUAAAUAUCAUCUGCUGCUCACUGGAACCCCACUGCAAAACAACCUACUGGAGCUCAUGUCUCAUCUGCUUAACUUCAUCAUGCACAAUAUGUUCUCCAGCAGCACCUCACAGAUCUCAAAGAUGUUCUCCAUGAAAUAUUCAGAGGAGCAGAGCAGCUUUGAGAGGGACAGGAUCACCCAUGGCAAGCUCAUCAUGAAACCCUUCAUACUCAGACUUGUGAAGAGUGAGAUUCUGCAUAAUCUGCCUGCCAAAGAGGAGCAGGUUGAAUUUUGUGCAAUGUCCGAGAAGCAGCAGGAACUCUACAGCGCUCUAUUCCACAAACUGAAGCGCUCCAGUAAUGGGGAAAAACGCGAGCUGACCAAUGUGAUGAUGCAACUGAAGAAGAUGUCCAACCAUUCGCUUCUUCACCGGCAGUAUUAUAUCACAGAAAAACUCAAAGCUACGAGUAGACUCAUGCUCGAGGAGCCGAGGCACCUUGACGCAGAUCCCGCUCUCAUCAAAGAGGACAUGGAGGUGCUCUCAGACUUCGAGUUGCACCGCCUCUGUCAGCAGUAUUCUGCACUGCAGGAAUACCAGCUCGACACAGACAUACUGCUGGACUCGGGGAAGCUCGGCCUCCUCGCACAGCUGCUGAACUCCCUGAAGAAGAAGCGUGAUUGAAUGGUGCUGUUUAGCCAGUUCAAAAUGAUGCUUGACAUUUUGGAGGUGUUCCCGAGACACCAUAAGCACAGAUACAACCGACUGGACGGUUCAACCCCCAUGAGUGACAGAAUUGAGCUGAUUGACCAGUUCAACACAGACCAGGAUAUAUUUGUGUUCCUGCUGUCCACCAGAGCCGGAGGACUGGGCAUUAACCUGACUUCAGCCAAUGUGGUCAUCAUUCACGAUAUCGACUGCGACCCUUACAAUGACAAACAGACGGAGGGACGCUGCCACCAGGUGGGACAAACCAGGACGGUGAAGGUGAUCAAGCUGAUAAGUAAGGACUCCAUAGAGGACUAACUUGAGCAGGACAUGACCGCAACUCAGGAGGAUGAAGAGGACACAUCACCUGAUGAUAUGAGCUCGCUGCUCAAAGCUCCUCUUGGACUCUGAAAGCUGGCUCAGGCUCAAAGUGUACUGUGAUAUUGUGACACUUGACUGAAUCUGAAAGAAAAAAAGUACUGUAGCACACUGGAGUUUGAUUUUCUAUACUGCUCGCAAAAAAUAUGAGCUUCAAAUUAGCAGAUAUGUUUACAUUUCUACUGUUCUUGGC